AGCAAAAGUAUUUUCUACAGUACUUCAGCAGAGCAGUUUCUACAACUAUGAGAGCCCUUAUAUUUCUAUUGACUUACUUGAUAACAUCUUUUGCAGAGAAUCAAGAUCUCUCUGGGAAGAUGUUGACUUUUCCUGUUGAGUCUGAUACAGCUCAUGUGAUCUUGGUUCCCAACCAGAGCAAGACUCUGACGGCAGUGACCCUGUGCUUGCGUUUCUUCUCAGAUCUUUCAAGAGCUCAGAGUCUCUUCUCUUUCGCCACCCCUGCCAAUGAAAAUGCUUUCCUCCUUUUCAAAAGGGAGGGCAGUGUGUACGAAGUAGACCAAGGUGGUCAGAACAUUGCUCUCUUCUGGGGUUUAGAUGACAAGCGCAACGAGUGGAAUUCUGUCUGCACAACUUGGAAUUCCCAAACAGGUAUUGCGCAACUUUGGGUCAAUGGAAAACCAAGCACGAGAAAAGGGGUACGACGAGGAGGAGACAUCUCUGGAAUACCCAGUAUUAUCCUGGGUCAAGACCAGGACAGCUUCGGGGGCAAAUUUGACCGAGGACAGUCUUUCACAGGAAUGCUUACAGAUGUGCAUAUGUGGGAUACAGUUCUUCCUUACCCUGAGAUUGUGUUGUACAUGAACCGCAUUCCACAGAAAACUGACGGCAAUGUGAUCAACUGGAGGUCACUGGAGUUCACUAAAAAGGGGUAUGUGAUUGUAGAAAACCAGGUGAACUAGAUUCAUACUGAUAACGUUGCCUCUUGAAGGCCAUGCUUCCACAAACUUCUUAAUGAUUUUAAAUGUUUUGAUCUUAUGCCUAAUAUCUAGAGUGAUUUGUGAUUUAAAAUGUUUUGAUAUCUUGCUUAGAAUGUCUAGUUUCAGACUGCCAAGAUAGAGCCCUAAAUGUCUUGAUAUCAUGUCUAGUGUGAUUUAUUUCUGUUGGCCUCUUCUCACAGCUAUCUGACUGUUAACACUCCAUCAUUCUUUGUUCAUCUGCCUGUAUAAUUACCAACAAGGCACAAAGUAAAGUGUUAAAUCUC